AUGCACACGACAGCUCAACUGGAUAGUCUGGAGCAGAAGCGCUCGGCCAGCCUGAUCUUUCGGAUCGAGCAGCUGCUGCCCAACACCAGCAUCUCGCCCAGCACCAUGACCACUUCAUCGACGGAGACCACACUGACGGCCACUACGAGUGCAGCCAGUCCAGCAGCCAAGCGGAUGAGAAUGAGCAAUCCCCGGCCAGGAGUCUACACCACGCAAUACACGCCCAAGGAUACCUGUUCCAUUGCCAUUCCCACGUCGGCUCUUCUCGGAUCUACGGCCACGCCCACCGACGGCGGACGCUCCCAUUGCCAACUGUCCAACGGCGAACUGAUCGUAUCCGCCUCCCUGCUGCGCCAGAUCAAGCUGUCCGAGGAUGUCUAUAGCUUUAAUGCCAUCUUCGAGCUGCAAGGCGGUCAGGUGCGGGUCCGUUUGGUCAGGGAUGUGGCCCGGGAGGAUGAGAUCGUGGCCUGGUUCGGCGAAGAACUGGUCCUCCUCAUGGGCAUUCCCUUCCUGACGCCCUUAAAUAUUCAAGGAAACAGUCGCUACACGUGUCACCUGUGCCACUUGACCUUCGAGACUCCUCACCCUCUGAAGAUCCACUUGGCUCUGGGUUGCGGGCGCAGUGCCAUGGAUAUCCUGUGGAUGCGACUGCACUACGCUCUGAAGGCAGCCGCCCGAAGUCACACAGCCACCCAGCAUUCACCCAUUCCGGCCACUUCGUCCACCUCCUCGGCCUCGCCCACCCACUCGCCACCGCCCCAGAUGCCACCCCGCUUCUCCGCCUUCCGCCCGAUUGCAGGCCUUACCCAGAGUUUGCCCAUGGCAACGACUACUACGACUCCAGGAACUCUAUCCUAUCUGCCCUCCAUUUCAAUGGCCACCGCCCCGUUGUCCACCCAUCCCAUGAAUGCUGCCGCCCAGAUCGAGGCCAUAGUCAGCAAUAUGGGUGCCUCCAAGCAGGGUCAUCUGUGCAUCUACUGCGGCAAGGUGUACUCCCGGAAGUACGGACUGAAGAUCCAUAUACGAACCCACACCGGCUUCAAACCGCUGAAAUGCAAGUUCUGCCUGAGACCAUUCGGUGAUCCGAGCAAUCUUAACAAGCAUGUGAGGCUGCAUCUUCAGACGCAUCCGAGUAGUUCCUCGGGAGGAGCAGAAAGUGGAGCAGGUGGUGCGGGCAGCGAUGUGGACAUAGAGGGGGAAACGGAUUCCGGUUACCAGUGCGACACCUGCCACAAAUCAUUCCCUCGGCGAAGGGAUCUGCAGCGACACAUGGAGACGCGGCAUGGUGGAUCCCAUUCCCAUUCCCAUUCUCAAUCCCGAUCCAGCAGCACCACCAGCACAACCACAAUGACCACAACGGUGACCACAUCCUCUUCGAAGUCCAGCUAAGUUCUGGGAGAAAUAAUCGUAGCACGCUUUUUGGGGAACAGC